AUGAGAAAGCAGAGAAGACCCGCCGCAAAGAGAACGCGGUCUCCAGUCCUGCUGCCUGGCGCGGGAAUCGGACCGAAGGGGACAUUUGAGGAAGGCGGGGAGGGCGCGCUCGGGGGUGGGGAAGCCAGGGCUUCCCGAGGUCGAUCUGGUCCUGCGGACGCAGUGGGCGGGCGGUGGCCGGGCUGUCUAGGGGUCCUGGAAGAGAAAGGCGGGGUAAAUGUAGUCUGCAGCCGCUCGGAGAUGCUCCAGCUUCCCGGGUCUGCUUCACACGCCUGCAAUCAAAAGGUGAAGAAGAAAGAAUGGUCUACCGAUCUCUCUGAAGAAGACCCCAAGAUGCCCAACCUAAAACUUCUUGAGAAUCUUUCCUGCCAGGUUAAUGAUCUUUUAAAAUAUUCUAAAACUUGGAAAUGUUUAGAUCCCAAAUCCUAAUUGUAUUAUGCUGAACUCUUAGAACAAAAUAAUGCAGUCCACAAACUUCAAGAAACAGGUCUAAGACUUUCCCAUUGUUCCCAUUGUGUUCCCAAACUGGAACCAAUUCCUGAGUAGCCCUCUCUGGCCUCUUGUGAGGUCCCAGCUUUUCAAAAGCCCCUUAAAAGUCACAGCCAGUGUGCUAGACACCAUGCUACUCUAAACUGAGCACUACAGUUUGCCACCAAACAGCUAAGCCGAGCACUGAGUAGAGCCAUUUCCAAACGAGGAUGUAUAAAUCAUUUCCCUGACUCUUGCAUUUCUUGUUUCUGGACAAAGGGAGUAAAGGAUACAGCCUGUGCUGAAUUUUUGACACUUUCCUACACUGCUCUCCAGAAGGCAGUUAACAAAAUUCUAACUGCUUCGUGA